UCUACAUAUUUGAUCCUUAGUGUCAAGAGAAAAAUCUAUAUCAUCUCAAAUGGCCUCCAUUGAAGUUAGCAAUCCUAUAAAUUGUCAGCCUGAGAUAUCUCGGCCAUUAGCAAACUUUCCCCCUAGUAUAUGGGGUGAUCGUUUCCUCUCAUUCUCUUUAGAUAACCAGGUAUUUGAAAUGAAUGCCAAAGAGAUUGAAGUGCUGAAAGAAGAAGUGAAAAUUAUACUAGUAGCUGCAAAAAAUAAACCAGUAGAGAAAAUAAAUUUGAUCAACACAAUCGAACGCCUUGGUAUCUCCUAUCACUUUGAGAAAGAGAUCGAAGACCAGCUGGAGCAAAUCUUUCAUUCCCUAGCGGAUUUGGAAGAUAAUGAUUUGUGCACAGCUGCUAUAAGCUUUCGAGUAUUCCGUCAACAUGGUUAUAACAUGUCUUCGGAUAUCUUCAACAAAUUUAAAGACAGCAAUGGUGAAUUCAAGGAAAACCUUACUAGCGAUGUAAUGGGUAUGCUAAACCUGUAUGAAGCUGCACAUUUAAGGAUACAUGGAGAAGACAUUCUUGAUGAGGCUCUUGCUUUCACAAUCACUCACCUUGAAUCCAUGGUAACCCAUUUAAGCCCUUUUCUUGCAAAACAAGUGAUGCAUGCCCUAAACCAACCACUUCACAUGGGCAUCCCAAGAGUAGAAACAAGGUAUUACAUCUCUAUUUACCAGGAAGAUGUUUCUAAGAAUGAAUUGUUGCUGAAGCUUGCAAAGUUGGACUUCAAUCAAUUACAGUCUAUGCACAAGCAAGAAUUAUGCCACGUCUCAAGGUGGUGGAAAGACUUGGAAUUUAUGUCAAAACUUUCUUAUACAAGAGACAGAAUCGUUGAGUGCUACUUUUGGGCUAUGACAAUAUACUUUGAACCGCGUUAUUCCAUGGGACGGAUCAUGCUCGCAAAAACUGUCGCUAUGCAAACAAUUAUGGAUGAUACAUAUGAUGCAUUUGGUACACUUGAAGAACUCGAACCUUUUACAGAUGCAAUACAAAGGUGGGAUAUCAGUGCCAUCGAUCAGCUCCCAGAUUACAUGAAGAUAUUUUAUAGGAUGCUCCUAGAUUUUUAUGAUGACAUAGAAAAGGAAAUGACAAAGUAAGGAAGAACUUAUAGUGUUCAUCAUUCAAAAGAAGCAUUUAAAGAAGUAGCAAGGAGUUACUAUAUUGAGGCAAAGUGGUUCAACGAAGGAUAUGUGCCAUCAUUUGAUGAAUAUAUGGACAUUGCAUUGAUCACUGGCGCUUGCUAUUUGCUCGCAAUACAAUCCCUUAUGGACAUGGGAGAAAUUGCUACGACUGAGGCAUUUGAUUGGCUACAAGCCAAACCGAAAAUUCUUAUAGCUUCAAACGCAGUCGGCCGGCUCAUAGAUGACAUAAUGAGCCGCGAGGUAGAACAAAAGAGGGGACAUGUUGCCACGGGGAUUGAGUGCUACAUGAAGCAACAUGCAAGAGUUUCAAAAGAAGAGGUAGUUGAUGAGUUCUACAAAAAGAUUAAAAAUGCUUGGAAGGAUAUCAAUGAGGAAUGCCUCCUCAACCCAAACAACAUCUCAAUGAACCUUCUCAUGCGAGUUGUUAAUCUUACGCGCGUGUUUGAUGGCAUUUACAAGUGCAACGAUGGAUUUACUCAUCCAGAAGUAAUGUUGAAAGAUCAUAUUAUCUCUCUGUUCAUUGAUCCCAUACCCCUAUAGACAUGAAUUUGUUGUUUCUGUCUAUGUGGGGUUUGGUUUUUACUUGUACGUGCAUGGAGUAGGUCUACUUAAUAGCUUGUGUUGAAGUGGCUCACGGUUGUUUCAGAAAGUUGCCUGUGUGUGUGAGGUGGUGGAAGAAACAAAAAGAAAAUAAGUGAGGUGUAUGAUGUGUGUCUUCUUGUAGUGAAUGAGUGAAAUAUUGAGGGUUGAAAUCCUUUCUUUUCUUGAAUAAAAGUUUGUAUGUGUGAUUUUUAUCUUA